UAUAUAUAUAUAUAUAGUUGGGGAUAUCAGUUUGGUGGUGGUUUUGUUGAUUGGAGAUAGCCAUGACAAAGAAGGAUGAAGAAUCAUCAGAAUACUUGUCGGAGAAUGAUGAAAUUGAUGUGGAAGCCAACUCAAGAAAUAAUAUGAGUGAUGAUCAAGAAGAAGAAGAAGAAGAAGAAGAAGAGGGUGCUGCUGAGGAGGCUCCAUUUUCUUCUCACCAAUGGCCCCAAAGUUUCAGAGAGUCAAUUGACUCAUAUACAAUUUCCGCAUCACCUGGUUUUGGACUCCUACGACGUGGAUCCAGUAUUAUAUCGGAAGUCGGUAGUAGAGUAUUCUUGGACUCAGAUCUGCAGACGCAUUUGCUUGAAAAGGAAAAAGUUCAGGAGCAAAAUGUCAUGGAUGGAAAGUCAGUAACAAAAGCAUCUUGGUCAGAGAAGGCUUCUUCAUUGCAUGAGCAACUGACUGGGGAACUUCCAAUUUCCUAUGGAUGCAGCUUAACUCAGACUAUAUUCAAUGGUGUCAAUGUCAUGGCUGGAGUUGGGCUGCUUUCUACCCCUUAUACAGUGAAAGAAGCUGGCUGGGCUAGUUUGUUAGUGUUGGUACUUUUUGCAGUCAUAUGUUGGUACACAGCUUCUCUUAUGAGGCAUUGCUUCGAGAGCAGGGAAGGCAUCAUAACCUACCCCGAUAUUGGAGAAGCUGCAUUUGGAAAAUUUGGACGCCUUUUUAUAUCUAUUAUCUUGUACAUGGAGUUAUAUUCAUACUGUGUAGAAUUUAUAAUUUUGGAAGGAGAUAACCUUACAAGUCUUUUCCCCGGAUCUUCACUAAACUGGGAUGGACUUAAACUUGAUUCAACUCACUUCUUUGGAAUUCUGACUGCCCUAAUUAUUCUGCCAACUGUUUGGUUGAGGGACCUUCGUCUAAUAUCAUACCUCUCAGCCUGUGGGGUCCUUGCAACCAUAAUAAUUUUUCUGUGUGUGAUUUUCCUUGGUACGGUGGAUGGAGUUGGAUUUCACAAUACCGGUCAGGUUGUGAACUGGAGUGGUAUUCCUUUUGCUAUCGGAGUAUAUGGUUUUUGUUACUCCGGGCACUCAGUGUUCCCAAACAUCUACCAAUCUAUGGCUGACAAAUCAAAAUUCAAUGUGGCACUUAUAAUAUGCUUUGUCCUCUGUGUUCUAAUAUAUGGAGGUGUUGCAAUAAUGGGGUAUCUCAUGUUUGGUCAAAGCACAUUAUCUCAGAUAACUUUAAAUAUGCCGGACAGUUCAAUUGCUUCAAGAGUUGCAGUAUGGACCACUGUUAUCAACCCAUUCACGAAAUAUGCGUUGCUGAUGAAUCCCUUGGGAAGAAGCAUAGAGGAAUUGCUGCCCGUGAGAAUCUCUAGUAGUUUCUGGUGUUAUAUUCUCUUAAGGACAGCGCUUGUCUUUUCUACAGUAUGCGUUGCAUUUCUUCUUCCCUUUUUUGGUCUUGUGAUGGCUCUGAUUGGUUCUCUUCUCAGUGUACUGGUGGCUGUAAUAAUGCCAGCUUUAUGUUUCCUAAAGAUUAUUGGAAAGAGAGCAACAAGGACACAGACAAUGUCUAGCAUCGCCAUCGUUGCGGUUGGCAUUGCAAGUGCAGCUCUUGGGACUUACUCCUCACUGUUGAGAAUCGUGAACGAGUAUUGAAAUGAAGCCUAAAACCUUUUUUCAUUUGUGGGGGGUGUGGAGAUGUUAGCAAUAAAACAUUUCUUAUUUACCGUCCUGUACUUUUGAUCUCUAUGCCAAAAUAUUACCCGUCUUCUUCUCAGUUUCACUUUAUAGCAACUUUACGACCCCAUUAUUGCUUUAUUAUUAUGGGGCAUCUCUCUUUCUGACUUUGAUUGCCUAUGUUAUUAACUGUUGUUACAUGAUUACUGGUUUGAGAAUGAAUAAAGGGGGAUAAUUACCCAUGUUCUUUGAUCA